GUGCCAGUCGGGGGGGCGGUGACAUAUUUUUACCCGUCAUCGUCGUAAUUUUGUGAAUUUGUUGGAAAAACGCGAAAAUAAGUGUCGUUACAUCGUGUAAAUAGUUUAUGUCAGGACUGAACGUGAGGAUGGCGGGUCAGACUAUAAACGAUAGGCUCUUAGCCGCCCGACACAGCAUCGCCGGGCAGGGUUUAGCCAAAUCGGUUUGCAAAGCUACUACCGAAGAAAUGAUAGCACCCAAAAAGAAACAUUUAGAUUAUCUAGUCCACUGCACAAACGAGCCCAACGUUUCGAUACCACAGCUGGCCAACUUGUUGGUCGAACGUACACAAAACACCAAUUGGGUGGUAGUGUACAAAGCUCUAAUAACGGUACACCAUCUACUAGCAUAUGGGAAUGAGAGGUUCACACAAUAUCUAGCAUCGAGUAAUUCAACAUUUCAACUUAGCAAUUUUCUAGACAAAAGCGGGGUUCAAGGCGCGGCCGGUGCCCGGAUCGGAUAUGACAUGUCCCCGUUCAUCCGGCGUUAUGCCAAGUACCUCAAUGAGAAGGCGCUGUCCUACAGGACUGUGGCCUUCGACUUCUGCAAGGUCAAGAGGGGUAAGGAGGAAGGCUCCCUCCGCAUGAUGAACGCGGAGAAGCUCCUCAAGACGCUGCCGGUGCUGCAGGCGCAGCUCGACGCGCUGCUGGAGUUCGACUGCACCGCCAACGACCUCACCAACGGCGUCAUCAACAUGUGCUUCAUGUUGCUCUUCAGAGAUCUCAUUAGAUUGUUCGCAUGCUACAACGAUGGCAUCAUUAAUCUCUUGGAGAAAUACUUCGAUAUGAACAAAAAGAACUGCCGGGAAGCUCUCGACCUCUAUAAGAAAUUCCUCAUCAGAAUGGAUAGGGUUGGAGAGUUUUUGAAGGUAGCAGAGAAUGUCGGCAUCGAUAAGGGCGACAUCCCGGACCUGACGAAGGCGCCGAGCAGUCUGCUGGACGCGCUGGAGGGACACCUCGCCAGCCUCGAGGGGAAGAAGGGAUCCGCCGCCAACACGCCCACGCAGACGGCCAGCGCGCAGAAGAACGUAGCGAGCGUGAUGGGCGCGCUGUCGUCGACGUCGUCGUCGUUCGGCAACGCGGCCGCGUCCUCGCGCCUCGACAACCCGCCCAACGGCAGCGCCGCGCUCUUCAUCGACGACACGCUGCGCCAGCAGGCGCUGGCCGAGGAGGAGGCCGCCAUGAACCAGUACAAGGGUAAACGGCCUUGGUCAGUCAAGUUCAUGAUAAAUAGAACUCCGAACUACCCUCCAAAAAACAAGGUGCAGUCUCCCACGAACGCGGCCAACAACCCGUUCCUGUCGAGCGCGCCCGCCCAGAGCCAGUCCAUCGUGGACCUGUUCGGGCCGCCCGCCGACACCAACAGUACCACCAGCAAGGCGUCGGAUGAUCUGCUGUCGCUUGGCAACCCGUUUGCUGAUAUGUUUGGAGCCCCGACGCCGGCCCCGACGGGCGCGCCGAUGUGGGGGCAGCAACAACAACAGCCGACCAACGGGUUCGCGGCCUUCCCGCCGCAGCAACAGAACAACACGUUUGUGUCCGAGGCUAACUUCUCUAACGUUUUCGAUAACACUGACACGGCAGGUCAGCAACCGCAGCAGCAGACCGGCAAGGUGUUGACAGGUGACCUGGACUCGUCGCUAGCUCAGCUGGCCAACAAUCUGUCCAUCAACAAAACAGCUACCGCUCAGAAACCGAUGCAGUGGAACUCGCCGAAGAACGCGUCCAAACCGGGCCAGACGUGGACCCCGCAACCGAUGCAGGCGACCACCGGGGCCGGCUACAGACCGAUGGGCCCAGGCAUGUCACUCCCAACAAUGCCCCAUACUAUGCCUCAUGCAUAUCACCCCCCGCAUUAUAUUAUGCAACAGCCAGGCAUGGUAAUGUCCAUGCAGGGCCCGAUGGUCCCGAUGGGCAUGGCGCAGCCGAUGCGGCCCGCCGUGCCGCCGCAGCCCACCACCAACCAGUUCAGCUAAGCACCACCCACAUACCAUAAGGUUUACGUUCACGACGACCCGACUGCUUACAAUAUUCUUAUACUUAAGAACAUCGCUGUAACUAGGAAAUACAAACAAAUGUACUGAGAAGAAUUAUGUAAGACAACACGUCUCUUGGAAGUAAAUUUGAUAUAUUUUCAUACUUUACCAAGAGACGAUAUUAUGUUAAUAGUAAAAUUUUAUAGGAUUUUUGAAAGAUUACGAUUUUUAUGUGAUAGAUUUUUGUUGGAAUUGAAAUUAAGUAAGUUUUGUGUUGAGCUCAAUUAUUUGAAUUUAUUAUUGCAAUUGUACGAAGGAAAUUACUAACGAUUAGUUUUUAAGACUUUUCUAUUUACAAUUUAAUAUAUUUAACAUGAAAAUGUAUAGGGGUCGGUCACUCAAAGACCUUUCGUGUAUUGCUUAGUAACUAACAUAAAAGAUUUUUCUCAAGUAUUGACCAUCAGAAGCAGUCGGGUCACAUGUCAUCAAAAGCUGACAAACAGUUUCGCUACUUAUUUGUUAAGUGCACUGUUUUGUUGCGGUUACUAAACGAAACAUUAUCGUUCAUCAUAAGGUUAGGAUUGCAAGUCGAAAAAAAUACCUAGUUAUUUUUUAGAGUUACCUGUAUUAAAUAGUUUGAUGCGAAACUAUUGAAUGAAAUGUUCAACUUUUGAUUUCUAUUUUAUUUUCUAAUGAUUAUUCACUUUAUUAAAUUACAGUAAUGAUUUUUAGGUACGUAUUGGAAUUCUAGCAUGUUUUCAUUUUAUUCACAAUAAAUUUUAUACAACAUUUUAGUGGAGCAAUA